AUGUCUAACAGCUUAUCUUUCCAAAAAGAAGCUGAGACAGCAGACGCUGCCGGGCUACAGCUCGUGCGUGUUACUCGUGGCCUAUGGACAAACAAUGAAAAAGAGACUCACGAAUUUGUUGAGCCCGGAGACACUGUUCCCCAUGUCAAGUCUUCCACAUUUUCUAGAGUGCAUUCUUCUUCCAACGCAGAUAAAGGAGUCCCCAAAAAUGCAGCAGAUAAACCAGGAUGUUUCAAAAGCAAAGGCGAGAGCGGUGGGGUAGGAGCUUUAUCUGCUAGCGAUGCUUUCGUGUGGAACUCUUUCAUUACGAAAAUCAGACAAGAGGAUCCGAGCUCAAGUGUCAGGCAUGCAAACUGCCGUGGAAACUCUAAAAGCGUGCACUUCAAAGUGGUUGAAGAUAAAAAUCAGGCAUUUUCAGCUGUGCGAGCCAUACAACAAGCCGAAAAGGAAGAGGCAAUACGACUUUUUCUACUGGAGGCUUCGCAAAAUGCGGUUGCGAGACAGGCCCAGACGCGUAACAACGAGCGGCAGCGUCAGCAUCAGUUUAUGGAGUAUCGACAUCAGGACCAUGAUUUGAGCAACACUAAUGGAGCGAAACAUCAAACGCAUCAGUCUCAACGGCGUCAACAGAGCGCUGCUACCUUUUCUGGGGGUCCGCAUCAGGCGAGGGACCUGACGUUUGCUCAAACUGCGCGUGAAGUCCUGCCACAACCAACAGACGUGGCCUUACCAAAAAUGAGCAAAGCAUGGUCUGAUGUUACUCCUUCAGUCCACAACACCGAGAACAUUAAUACUGCGGUAAUAACACAGCGACAUGAUUCUGAAAGAAAAGGUAUUCGCAGGGAUAACAACGUAGGCAUGGCAGAAGCUUGCUCAGGAGUAAUUGCGCGGACGCUUCAGUCGAGUCGACAAAAAUGGAAAGGCACAGACAAACAGCAGCAGCAAGUUGUACUAAACAACAGCAUUUUGGAGCGGCAACAAGGUCUGUUACGACAGCUUCAGGAGCAUUAUAUGAAGGAACAACAAGGCACUCUAAGGAGCUGGAGAAAACAGGAUUGUGUAGAACUCGAUGUGCAGUCUCGCUCCCCUCUAAAGAUGCCUCCUUGCACUGGUGGCACCUACCUCCCGCUGCAAACCGUACGACACCACUCUACUCUCAAGGCUUUUCAACAGCUUUUCCGCUUUCCUUCAAAGACGACGUCAGAUAGAAGGAACCUGAAGCAAAAACACAGUUUUGGCGCCGAUAUGGGAGAGGUUUUGCUGCCUGCCGAGUUUCAAAACAAUAUCCCUACACUGAGGCAAGAGCUGUCGAGGAGAUAG